AUGGGACAAACUCUUACUUUCCAUCAAGACCAACAACACCGAACUCUCAGAGAUGACGACGAUUUGGAAAAUCAAUCGGAAAACGAAAAUGCACCAAGUGGUGCAGCUCCAACAACAUUAAAUAAUAGUGAAUUACCAUCAUCAAAUACAACAAAUUCUCAUCCUCAAUUAUUAUUCGGAGGCGCUCCGAUGAUUAUUGAUGGCUUGUUGAAUCAGGAAUUUUUCUCUACCAACAACUCUGAAGAAUUGAUGAAUUUAUUUGGAUAUUAUGGAGGUGUAGAGGGGUUAUUAGGCACUUCUGAUAAUACAAUUCAUGGAGGAAGUGAUCAACCGACAUUUAGAAAAUUCGAAUUCAAGGAAACAAUGUUAUUAAGAAAUGAUAUUAAUAUACAAAAGAAUUCAAUUUUGCUUAAAAAUAGUAAUCAAGAAAAUCACUAUCAACUUUCUUUUAAAUUUAAUGUUAGGUCUUCAUUUGUUGAAGAAUGUAAAGUAUUUGUAUAUUUAAAAGCUAGAGAAAUUAUGAUUGAUGGAAGAGUUGCAUAUGUAUCAGUAUUGAGUCAUGAAAUUCCUGCUAAAUCAUUCCAUCAUCAAGACUUUAUGAAUUUAGACUCAACACAAGAAGAAACACGAGUGGAUUUGAAUAGUGACAAUGAUACAAGAAAGGACUAUAAUGAAUCGGCUUUUGUCGAAUGUACUUUAAAUGAUAUAUUAAUUGAUUUCAAAAAUGAAUUCCCGAAUAGAGAAGAUUUACAAUAUUCAAAUAUUCCACCACAGGUUGAGAAUGAAGAAGUUGAAUUACAAUCUCAACUCGUUCCUCUUGUAGUGGUAUUGUCUUGUGACACCUCUACACAGUAUUCUUUGUGUUCUUUAGAACAACAGGGUAAUGAUCAAUCAUAUUCCAUCAAGGUCAACAAACAGAAAAUUGUAGUUGGAAAUGAACUUUUUGAAGUUGGAGAAAUAUAUCAGCAAUCCACCAAUGAUCAUCAUCAUGAAGAGGAAGAGAAUUUAUGUGUUGUUUGUAUGUCUGAAGAGGCUAAUACUGUUGUUUUACCUUGUGGUCACAUGUCCUUAUGUGAGGGAUGUGCAACUGCACUGAAAGAGCAAACAAACAAGUGUCCAAUUUGUAGACAAAAAGUUGAAAGUGCCAUUAAACUUCCUUCAAACGAAUAG